AUGCGUCUUUCCGCCAUCACUCUUGGAGCAGUGGCUCUGGGCGCUCCUCUCGUCUCUGCUGCCACACGCCACGAGCGAGGCCUUGUCGACCCUUCGCAGCACCCUGCCGGUCACCUCUUCCAGAAGCGUGACCACCAUGGCAUCACCAAGCGUCAGCUCGCCACCACUUCCAAGAACGGCAUGCCAUACCCUCCUGCCGGCUCUGACCCGCCUCCCGCCAGCUCGCUUCCCCAGGCCUGGAUUGACCGAUACAACCAAAAGAAAAACGCGGGCCUCAUCCCCAAUAUCCCCCGAUCCAUCACCGACCCCAACACACGUGCCACCGUCUACCCUGCCGGCACCGAUAUGACCAAUGUCUGCUCCUGGACCGUCCAGAAGUGCGACACUGGCGACAUUUGGCUUGCCCCAGACAACUACGUGUCCAUCACCUUUGACGAUGGCCCAACCCCUCAGUCGCACAGCCUCAUCGACUAUCUCCAGGCUCAGAAGCAGACCGCCACCCACUUCCUCAUCGGUAGCGCCAUCGUGUGGAACCCUGACGCCAUGGAUCUGUACGUCAAAGCUGAUCCUCCCAUGCACCUCGGUGUUCACACCUGGUCGCACACCCUUCAGACGGGCAAGACGGAUCUCGAGAUUCUCGGUGAUCUUGGCUGGACCAUGCAGAUCAUCUACGAUCUGACCGGAUCCGUUCCCAUGUACUGGCGUCCCCCCGAGGGCGAUGUCGAUGCCCGCGUUCGCGCUAUCGCUACCGAGGUGCUCGGUAUGCAGACCGUCAUGUGGAACAAGGACGCCGACGACUGGUGCUUGCGCCAGGGCUCCGGCACCGCUCAGCUACAGACCUGCACGACCGGCGUUGGCGCCACCAAGCAGGGUGUCAUCCGCGAGAUGACCAGCUGGGCCGACACCACCAACCGCACUGGAUUCAUCUCGCUCGAACACGAAACCACCGACCAAGCCAUCGACGCGUUCAAGGAGUACCACCAAGCGCUCAUGCAAAACAACUGGCACGUAGGCGCUGUCCCCGAACUCCAAGGUCUGCCUUACUACCAGAACCAGUGGAACCUGACCACAAAAAAAGAACACGUCGACAGCAUCUUGCCCACUCGCCCUGCGAUCAACGUUGUUCAUUCGGAUGCUAGGCGUGGCAGCAGGAGGGCUCCCGACACCAGCGCUUAUGCCAACCUCGACGGUAGCGGCGCAGGCGCCGGCGCUUCAUCUUCCGCCAACGCGGCUGUGGCAAGCGUCAGCUCUUCCGCCCGAUCUUCUGCUACCGGCUCUUCCAGCAGCAGCUCCGUGAAUGUAGGCAGCUCGAGCAGCUCGAGUGGCUCUUCUGGUACCAGCGGUCGGUCGACGUCGGGCGCCUCUCAGGUCAUCGUUGGUGCUUCCACCAUCGGUCUCGGUGCUGUGGCUGCUGCCUUUGCUCUCUUGUUCUGA